AGUUAUAGGAUCAUGCAUCAUGUUAUCAUCAUCAAGUACAUUGAUUACAUAGGUGUCAUGUAAUCAUCAUCAAGAACAAUUAUAUUGAUUACAUAGGUGUCAUGUAAUCAUCAUCAAGAAUAAUUAUAUUGAUUAAAUAUGCCAUCAGGUAGUUAUCAUUAAAUAUUUAUCAUCAUGAUUCAUCAAAUUGACCAUAUAAUAAUAUGUGCCAUAUCAUGAAUGUUACUAUACAUUUUGUGGACGUAUAUAUAUGUAUAUGUAUAUGUCUGAGAAUCAUUCUACAAUUCUAGCGUGGUACCACUCAGCGGUUUCACUGAGCGUGUAGUUUGUAUUUUUCGUUGACUACACGUAGGUAACAAGAAGACAAUGAUGGAACCACUCCCGAAAGGCAUUGAGUCAGAGGAGAUGCAAGGAUGGCAGGCAAAUGUUGAUCAUCAGAUUUUAAAAUGUGUCAUGAUUUGAUUAUUAUUGUAUUUCCGUAUUACUCUGAAAAUAUUUUUAAAUGGGUCGCGAUCCAGAGUCUGUAAAUUUGAUAUUUAUAAGAAAUUGUCAUUUUCAAAUGUCAAGCGAAAUUUUUAUUUUACUCUCGUUUCACCUUAAUUCGUGUAAUUCCGGGUUAUGAUGAUUGGAAGAUCAUGAUGGAAGCACACUUUUACGCUCUACAUGAUUGCAUGUGGAUGUACAUUCCAAAGCCCAAGGAGAAAUGGGAUGAUAGAGAUUGCAAGAAGCACAAUCUGGACAACGUCGCCAAAGCAGCCAUCUUCAAGACACUUGAUCCCAUCACCUUCUCCAAGAUCAAGCAUCUCAAGACUGCCAUGGAGAUUUGGCAAGGUCUUGGGAAGCUGUGUGAGGGAUCGGAGGACCUGAGAAAGCAGAACAUAGAGGUCCUACUUGAGAAGUUCAAAAGCUUCAAAAUGCUUCCCGGAGAAUCAUUUGAUAUGUUGGAUGAAAGAUUCCACAAAAUCUUAAAUGAUCUUGCAUCACUUAACCACGUUCUUUCUCCCAAAGAAAAGAAUGUAAGGUUACUGAGAUCUGUUCCAACUGAAUGGUACACCAAAGCCACAGCCAUGGAAGAAGGAAGAAACCUGGAGAACUACACUGUCCAAGCGUGCCCGUACCCAAAGGUGGAGAAGUACGGAGAAAGAGAAAGAAACGAAAAGAAGAAGAAAGCAAUGGUUGCAGCUGAAAGUGACGAGUCAUCCAGCUCAAGCUCGGAUGAAGAAGCCCUCGUCUGCAUGGAGCGCAGAGCUGAGAAGUCCAACCAUGAAGAUCGGUGGACUAUGUCAGAAGAUGACACCCUCUGCCUAAUGGCCAAAGAUGAUGUUGAUCAAGAGGUAACUUCACAAACCUCCUAUUCAUCUUCUUAUGAAAGCAUACCAACUUAUAAAAGUCUUUUUGACAAGUUCAAAAAGAUGAUGGAAGAUUUUGAGGAAAUAAAUCUCAAACACUCAUCCUUAACAGAGGAGAACAAGCUAUUGAGUGAAGAGAAUCUCAAGUUGACUGAAGGUCGGAAAACUCAACUAGAUGAGAUCACUCAACUCAAGACUGAAAAUGAAUCUCUCUCUGAAAAGGUGAAAUCCCUCAACAAGGAGCUAGGGAUACUUAAGUCCAAAGAAGCAGUGGAUAAGCUUCUUGAAACGACCAAACAAAAGGGUCGUGAAGGACUUAGGUUUGACCCCUCCAGUUCCAAAAGGAAAGGGAGAACAACCUUCAUCCCUCCUAAACCUACUGCCAAACACAAUAAGCAGAAAGGGAAGGAGAAGGAGAAAUCCACAGAAGUUCCCAAAAAGGUAGUCCCUUCUAAGAACGAUAGGAAGCUGGACAGACCUCAAAAAGGAAAUAAUUUCAGAAGAAAACCUUCUAACCCCCAAUAUACACGAGGCUAUACUCAUUAUGGGGUAGAUAGUGAUGGGAAACGAGGCUUGGAUAACGCAGUGGAAAACAAAAAUUUAUAGUCCAAAACUCGAUUCCACCCAAGAACAACUUACGUAAAUUACUAGUUAUAGUAAGAAAUUUACCUUAACGGU